GUCUUCUAUUCUGUUUACGAUAAUGGUACAGCUCGUACGUAACACGUGUUACUCACGUAACAAUUUGAGAUAUCAGUAGGUCGCUGAACUUUCGAAUUAUAUACAAUUCAUUUGUAAUGUUAUUUACGAUUAUACAGCUUGUAACAUAACGUGUUAUCUUAACUAAAAAUCCAUGAUACGAUGAAUAUUCGAAUGUAUCGUUGUGUGCUGAUAAUUAGGCGUGAUCGUUGUUUAGAAUAGUUCAGAUAAAUUUUAGAAACAAGCAACAUACCAAGGAUGAAGGUGAAGGAGUUAUUGAAGACAGUCAAUGUAGCAUGGUCACCACCUGCUCAGCAUCCCAUAUUAUUAGCUGCAGGAACUGCAGCUCAACAACUUGAUGCAAGUUUUAACACAUCUGCCAGCUUGGAUAUAUAUUCGUUGAAUUUACAACAAGCAGGAUAUGAUUUGGAAUUGAAAGCCACUAUUGCAAGCGAUCAUAGAUUUCAUAAAAUAACAUGGGGUGCAUAUGGUAAUAGUCCAUCUGGUAUAAUUGUUGGAGGCUGUGAUUAUGGCACAAUAAAGAUUUAUUCGGUGGCCAAACUGUUGGCUAAUGAUAAUAAUUGUUUAAUAAGCAGUCCAGACAGACAUACAGGUCCAGUCAGAGCAUUGGACUUCAAUCCUUUCCAAACUAAUUUAUUAGCAACAGGAGCAACUGACAGUGAAAUUUAUAUAUGGGAUAUUGUUAAUACAACUACUCCAAUGACUCCUGGAUCUAGGAGUCAACCAUUAGAAGAUGUACAAUAUAUUGCAUGGAAUAAGCAAGUGCAACACAUUCUUGCUUCCACAUUUUCACAACGAUGUGUCAUAUGGGAUUUAAGAAAAAAUGAACCCAUAAUCAAGCUAACAGAUACAAAUUCCAAAGUACGAUGGAAAGUAGUCCAGUGGCAUCCAAAUGUUGCAACACAAUUGUGCUUAGCAUCAGAAGAUGAUCAAGCUCCUGUAAUCGAAUUAUGGGACUUAAGGUUUGCAACAUCACCAUUAAAAAUGUUCCAAAAUCACCAGCGCGGCGUUUUAUCGAUUGCUUGGAAUCCAUGUGAUCCAGAUCUACUCUUGAGUUGUGCCAAAGAUAACAGAAUAUUAUGUUGGAAUCCUAAUUCUGAUGCACCAAAUGGUGAAGUGAUUUGUGAGUUAGCCCAAACAAACCAAUGGAAUUUUGAUGUUUCAUGGUGUCCAAGGCAUCCAGGAUUAGUUGUUGGAACCAGUUUCGACGGACACGCGGUAAUUUAUUCCUUAUUGGGAGGACAACAACAAAUGUCUAUGGAAACAUCAAACAAAAUUGUAGACUCUUUUCCUGGAAUGGACCCCUUUACUCAACCACCUUCUGUAAUGCAAUCAGAACCAGCAGUUAUAUUGACAAAAGCUCCCAAAUGGUUAAAAAGACCAUUUGGGGCUUCUUUUGGUUUUGGUGGUAAAUUGAUAAUAUUUGAAAAUGAGCCUAUAGAUCCGAAUCUACCUGCAAAUUCAAAUAGAAAAGUUAUUAUAUCCCAAGUGAUAACGCAACCAGAAUUAAUUCAACGUUCCAAGGAAUUAGAGGACGUUCUUAAAACUGAACAAUAUAGCGAUUACUGUAAAGAAAAGGCUGAGAAAACAACCGAUGUACAUAGAAAGAAAAUAUGGAAUUGUGUCGGGGUAUAUUUCGGUGAAAAUGUAGCAAAAGAAAUAUUAGAAUUACUGGGUUAUGACAUAGAAACAAUGAAUAAUAAAUUAAAUCAGUUGGUCCCUCGAGAAGAUAUUAACAACAUUACGGAAGGUGUUGGUAAUCUUAAUAAUGUAUUGAAUGGAAACGUUAUAAAUGGAAGUGCGGCAUUUGAUGCCAUUGCACAAGAUCAAAUUAACAAGGCAACCGCGGUUACGUCAAUAAAUAACAAUUUUCAAUUAAACGUGUCCGAUGAUGAGGAUGGGCUUAUUACUCAAGCGAUCCUCUUAGGAAAUAUUGAAGCUGCUGUGUCUUUAUGUUUUGCCAACAAAAGGUACGCAGAUGCAGUCAUUCUUUCAAUGGCUGCUGGACCUGACUUACUAGCACGUACCCAGUACAGAUACUUUUCAGAACAUUCUGGAGCUCUCAAUUCUCUUAUCAAUUCGUUAGUUAGUGAAAACUGGGCUGAAGUUGUUAAUAAUACUGACAUAAAUUGCUGGAAAGAAGUAUUAAUUGGAAUAUUUACCCAUUCGAAUCCACAGGAGCGAUCCACUUUGUGCGAUAUGCUUGGAGAUCGUUUGGCGUCAUCUGAUAAUCCAACUCAUAAAGAGCAAGCUCAAAUUUGUUACAUCUGUUCCGGAAAUUUAAACAAAAUGGUAGAAUCGUCCAAUGUUGAUAUACAAGAAGUAGUCGAAUUGGUAAUGAUAAUGCAGAAAGCCUUGGAAAUGCAAGGUAUCAGAGAAACUCAAAUAGAAGGAAAAAUUGCUAGCGUUUUGUCUCAGUAUGCGGAAAUGUUAGCAUCAGAGGGAGACCUUGAUGCUGCAUUAAACUAUCUCGGAAAUAGUCAGGACGAAAAGAUUGUCAUGUUAAAAGAUCGUCUUUAUAGAGCGUUAGGAUAUAUCGAAGAAUCAAAAGGCGUGGCAAAAACGCCAGCAAUGCAAAAUUAUUAUGCUCAACCGAGAAGAUCUUUGCAGAAUCCACAAAAUCCGUUACUUGCUUCAAGAGAACAAACGAGAUCUUUCAUCGAUCCUAACAUCGCUCCCGCAAAACAACCUUUGGCCUCGUCUACAAAUCAGUUCCACACUCAUCAGCCACAACAAUCUUUCGGGUUAUCCCCUCUUCAGCCACAUGUACAAUCCUCUAUGCAAUACGAUCAGUACCAAACGUCUCAUUACACUCCAUCAUCCGUUUCUCAACCACCUCCUUUACCACCUCCUACAACGGGAUCAAGUGGAAUCGGUUCACGACCACCAAGCGCCGGGCCUCAAGCAAGAUCGAAAUACUUAAUAGAUCCAUCUGUAAAAUCUACUGCAACAUAUGGUCAAACUGGGUUUCCUCAACAAACAAUGUCAUAUAAUCAGCAAAUGUCUCCAAUGACAGGCUAUACGCCUUCGAAUACGUAUCAGCCUCAGGUUCCUAUACCAGGAAACACAUAUCCUGGACAAAACUUUACGACCGGUCUGCAAGAAUCAGAACCAUUUAAACCUGUUCAACCUAGUGGAUUACCGCCAUUACAGAAUCUACAGCAAAAUGAGAUGUAUGAUCCAAUUAGAACACAACCUGUUUCUCAAGCUUAUGGAAACGAGAGUGUCUAUAAACCAUCACUACAAUCUGCAGGGUGGAAUGACCCACCAGUCGCGAAGUCUAGAAUACAACCAGUACUGGCAUUAUACACGAAAAAUGAAAUGUCUGCGGAACAUGCCGGUACCAGGAAAUGGAAAGCAAAACAUUCGAAGAAUGUGAACAUGAAGUCAAAACAGGAAUAUCAACCUCAAAAUCCUAUUUUGCAUCCAUUGAGGGGUGCUGUAGCACAACCUGAACAAAACGUUUUACCCCAAGAAAAGAUGUAUGCUGAUACACAGGUCCCUUAUAAUCCACAACAAUAUAACCAGAGCAUUCCAAAUAUUAAUGCUCAAUUUGCCAAGCCAGUGGAGCCUUCACAACCAGCAGGAUUUGCAAGAGGAUCAGAACCUGAGAAACCGAAAGCACCAAUACCAGAACAACACAUACAUUUGAAAACAGUGUUCGACGAAUUGAAGAACCAAUGCUACGAAAACGCUAAAAACCCACAAAUUAAAAGGAAAAUAGAAGAUGUAUCGAAAAAACUUGAAGUUUUAUACGAUUGCCUUAGGGAAAGUAAAUUGUCGCAAAACACAUUGCAAGGAUUGCAUCAAAUAUCGCAAAUGAUACAAAGUGGAAAUUACACUGGUGGCUUAGAUCUUCACACGCAAUUAGUGUCAGGUCCAGAUUUUAGUGAAAUAUCUUCUUUUAUGCCAGGGAUUAAAGUAUUAUUGCUGAGUGCCCUUCAACUGAGUGUUUAUAUUAGAUAGAAUGCAAUAUAUACCUAGAAUGUUUAUUCUGUUCAUUUAUUUUUAUAAUUCGAGACUUUUAUAACCCUUAUUAAAUGAGAUAUUUAUGUUGUAUUCAUUCAUUGGAAUAUUGGAUAAAAAGAAAUAAUCGUGUACGAACUUUAUCGCUUAAUUAUGUCAUACGCAAUAUGGAGUUAUUUCAUGUUCUAUAUCUGACUGUGGCUUAUCAAAGUUCGAUGGACUUGUAUUAUUAUUAUUCCUGUACAACUAAACAAUUCAUUAUGUAAGUAGCUUGUAAAAAGUAGUUGGAAAUAUCGGAGCAGAGGGCAUCUGAAGCGUUCCCAUACAGAUUGUUAAUCGAUUUUUUUCUUUUAACUAAUAUAUUGUAUAUAUAAAAUAUUAAAGUUGGCUUCAAAGGAA